GUGCUGCAUUUCUUUCAACUCAUGCUCGUCCUCUGCACCUUGUGUUCAAGUUCUGCACUUCAUGCUCAGCCUCUGUAGCUCGUGGCUGACCUUGGCACUUGUGCUUGAGCUCUACAGCUUGUGUUUGAGCUUUGUAGCUCAUUCUCAACCCCUGCACUUCUUUGUGGUUGAGCUAUGUAGCUCGUGCUUCAGCAUCCUGAACCUUGGACUUCUGCAUUUCGCAGCUCGUGAUUCAGCAAUUAUCAUUUCAGACUUCUACAGUUCGCAGCUCGUACACGAGCAAGAUGCUUGCAGCUCGUGCUCCAGCAUUUCGCAGCUCGUGCUUAAGCAAGAUGCUUGCAGCUCCUCAUUGCCGAGCUUGAUUGGUUUGCUGAGAAAGGCUAAAUGGUGCUGGACUGUCUUGCUUCUGCCGAGCUGGUGCACUGCUUUGAGCUUUGCCGCUGCCGAGCUGGACUGCUUUGUUGCUGCCGAACUGGACCGUUUGGUUGCUGUCGAGUUAGGCUGUUGUGCUGCUGCCAAGCUGCUAGGCUGUUGUGCUGCUGCCAAGCUGAACUGCUUUGUUGCUGCUGCCAAGCUGAACUGCUUUGUUGCUGCUGUGCUUGGCCGCUUUGCUGCUACCGAGCUGGGCUGCUCUGCUGCUGCCGAGCUGGAGCAUUGCUUUGAACUUUACGGCUGCCGAGCUGGGUUGCUCUACUGCUGCCGAGCUGAACUGCCUCACUUCUGCCGAGCUGGAGCAUUAUUUUGAGCUUUGCUGCUGAGCUGGGUUGUUGUGCUGUUGCUGAGCUGAGAUGUUCUGCUGCUGCCAUCAAGCUCGAACUCAGCUUCUCAUUGAGGGCAAUAACACGCCUUUUGGCUG